AUGCCAAAGCUCGUAGGCGCGACAUCGACCUCGGGGUACUUUCAGCCUCACCCAAAGCUGUACAAUGCGCUGGAGGACGACCCGAUCCUCGACCGCAGCGCAAAGCUCUUCCUGCCAGAGCAGGUCUACAAGGAGUUUUACCCGCACUUGCAUGCCUUGUGCGAUCUCGUCAUCGACCCCAAGACGUACGCGCUCGUCGCUAAUGCAGAGCACGACCUGCCAUACAUCAAGGGCACGGGUUUCUCGUCGUUUGGCCACCCGAUCCCCGACGCCCUCGUGACCUCGCCCGGAUGGAAGGAGCUGCAGAACAUUGGGAUCCGCAACGGUAUCGUGGCGACAGGCUACGACUCGUCGCUUGGCGCGUCGGCGCGCGUGGCGCAGUUCCUCAAGCUGCACCAGUGGGGCCCGUCGUCGGCCGUCGUCACCUGCCCCUCGGCGAUGCAGGACGGCGCGACGAGCGUGCUCCUCCGCGAGCUGCAGCGCAUCGCGCCCGGCUCGCGCGCAUACGACGACAAGGAGGAAAACCGCAGCAUCAAGCGCAAGGUGUUCACCCGCGCCGUUGAGCGUCUACUCUCCCUCGACCCCGAGGUCGCGUGGACCUCGGGCCAGUGGAUGACGGAGCGCCCCGGCGGCUCCGACGUCGCCGGCACCGAGACGGUCGCGACGUACGAGGGCGACAAUGGCGAGACGGACAUUGACGGUAACCCGCUUGGCCCAUGGUGUAUCGACGGCUUCAAGUGGUUCUCGUCAGCGACCGACUGCGGCUGCGUGCUGCUCCUCGCGCAGACGGAGAAGGGCCUCGGCUGCUUCUUCGCGCCCACGCGCAAGCUCGACCCCGCAGGCGACGUCGCCAUGAACGGCAUCCGCAUCCAGAGGCUCAAGAACAAGCUCGGCACAAAGGCCCUCCCGACCGCCGAGGUCGAGGUCAAGGGCAUGCGCGCGUGGCUUGUCGGUACCGAGGGCCGCGGUGUCGCCAACAUUGCGACGCUGCUCAACGUCACCAGGCUGUACAAUGCCGGCUCGUCCACUGGCUUCUGGGGCCGCGGCCUCGCCAUCGCCCGCAGCUUUGGUCGCCAGCGCGUCAUGCCCUCCCUCGCCCUCAAGGGUCUGCCCGACAAGCUGCGCACGCUGCCCCGCUACACCAAGACGAUUGCCGGCAUCACGCUCGGCUACCGCGCCGACACGCUCCUCGCCGUGUUUGUUGCCGCGCUCGUGGGCAAGUCUGAGAACCCCGACUCGCCUACCGCGUCCAUCAUCCCGACCGACCACAACCAGGUCGCGGCGCUUGUGCGCCUCAUCACGCCCGUGUCCAAGGCGCGCACGGCCAAGAACGGCAUCGCCGGCCUGCAGGAGUGCAUGGAGUCGCUCGGCGGCGUCGGCUUCAUGGAGAACCAGGAGAACCCCGAGAUGAACAUUGCGCGUCUGUUCCGCGACGCCAACGUCCUGUCCAUCUGGGAGGGCACGACCGACGUGCUCGCCACCGACACGGUCAAGGUGGUCAAGGGCAAGACGGGCGCGCAGAGCAUCGACGCCGUCGACAAGUGGCUCAAGGCGACGCUGGGCGCCAACUCGACUGACCCGUACGGCGCCAAGUCGAAUGUCGACCUCGGCCCCGAGAAGGCGGCGAUCCUCAAGGCGUGGAGCGUGUUUGUGUACAAUGCGUCCGCCCGCGACAAGGAGGAGCUGCUCGCCUACGGCCGCGAGGUGGUCGCCGAGAUUGGCGACGUCCUGUGCGCGACCUUGCUGGUCGCCGACGCCGAGUCGGACAACGACCUGACGGCCAUCGAGUGCGCGCGCCGCUUUGUCCGCACGCGCGGCACGUUUGGGUUUGACGGCAAGGAGCAGUCGGACUGGAAGAGCGUGAGCCGGUGGGACGACAAGAUUAGCUUUGAGCGCGAGCCGCCGGCGCCCAAGCCGCGUGCCAAGCUCUAG